AUGCCCAUUGCAGAGCUUUUGGGAGUCCAGUUCGACAUGCAGCUGCUGUUGAAGUUGAGUAUCUCUGUGGCUGCAGUGUUGCUGGUUUCUUGGGCCUACAGGUUCUACAGCUCAAGGGAUGCAAAGAAAAUUCAGCUGUGUGUUGAAGACAACAAAGAGCAACAAAAUGCAACCUGCCAAAACUGCAAGACAACACUACGGUGCCAAAGCUCAUCCCAGCAUGACACCGAUGGAGGCAAGCGACCCAGACCCUCGCACACAGACUCAGCCACUGAUGACCUGACAUUUGAAAGCAUCAAGGAAACACCAGCAGAAACCCAAUCAUGCCAAGCUGAAAAGAAUCCAACAGAGAGUGGGAUGGCCAGUAUAACGGGGCGCUGCUCCCCUUGCUUUUUGCAGAAGCUGGAGGGCAGUGUGGGUGUGGGCAGGGAGUUAAGGCAGAACUUGGAACGCCAGGGAGCCUACUCCAGCUUCCUCUCCAAGGCAGAGAUCAAAGUGGAGAAUGCUAACGUGGUGCUGGAAGGAACAGGAGACCAGAUUGUGCGCGGAAAGAUAUAUGAUUACUAUGUUGAGUCUUCCUCUCACUCUAUUACGGGCUCAAACACUGUGCUGUGUCAGUAUGAGAGGAACUCUGAGUCACAGCCAGUGGAGUUUGGAAGCCAUGGCAGCAGCCUAACAGAAUCUCCUUCCUCUCUGAGCCCCAUCAUUAUGCGUGAUCUGGUUUUACCACAAAGCACUGUUGAGGAUGCCUCCUCACUAGGAAGCCUGAAGUGUAGGCACCCCACACGGCCUGUACUCCGACGCAAGGAGAGCUAUCUGUCUGCAGCAGAGCAAUGUGAACUUUCCAUCCCCUUUGUAACUUCAACAGCCUCACCUCCGGUGAUUCACUCUCUGGCCUCAACCAGCAUUGAGUCCAUCUCUGUUCACCCUAUGAUCAGUUCGUUGACAGACAGCAAAGGCCUUAAUGUGAGGGAGGGGGAUGAUCUAGAGACUGUAGCAGGGGUUUCAGUUUUCCACCUUCCAGCAAAAACUCUUGACGGCACAGAUUUGGAAAGCGUGAAAAGCAAGCUUGAUCUGGGUAACUGUUUGGAGAUGCUGUACCUGGCCAAAAAACAUGGCCAGACCUCUGUGCAGAAAGCAGCCCUUGGGGUUAUGUCAGACAACUACCUCCAGGUGCUCAGGGACCCCAACCUUUAUGGGCGGCUAAUGGCUGGUGAGCGGGAACAAAUCCAGAAGCAGAGAAUAGGGGGGAGAAGGUUCAUCAUGGUGGCAGAUAUGGACCCUCAAGACUGGAACACAGGAGGUAGGACAGCAGAUAGACCAUCCAGUGCAGUGUACUAUUAUGACGACUACAGAGAUUCCUGGCAUACACUCUGCCUGAUCCCACAGGAGGUCAUCUCUAAAGCCUGUGCCAUGUGCACAAUGGAUAACUACUUAUUUGUGGCAGUGGGCUGCCAAGGCACAGACAGAGAAAUGACACCCUCAAAGCGAGUGUUUUGCUACAAUCCUUUGACAUCCAUUUGGAAGGAGAUCAGUCCUAUGAAUGAGGCCAGACCACGCUGCAAACUGGCAUCAUUGGAGGGCUAUAUCUACGCCAUUGGAGGGGAAUGCCUUUCCUCAGUGGAGCGAUAUGACCCACGAUUAGACAGAUGGACAUUUGUGGCCCCACUGCCCAAUGAUACAUUUGCUGUCGCACAUCACGUCACAGUGUGCAAUGGGGAGCUUUUUGUUUCUGGGGGAACUCUUAGAUAUAUUCUACUGCGCUACAGCCCCAAAACCAACACCUGGAGGCCAAGUCUGUUAGUAGGCAGCAAGGACAGAACUGCAGAUAUGGUAGCUGAGGGGAGAUUUCUGUAUCGGUUUGAUGUUAACCCGCUACUGGGUAUCAGUGUGUACCGCUACCAUACAGUGGCUCGACUGUGGUACGAGUGCAGCUCAAAGCGGCUCCUGAGAUGCCCUGCCUUUCAGUGCGUCACAAUGGAUGACACAGUUUAUUGUAUCAGCCGCCAGUUCACCAUGAGGUUCGAGGCUGAUGAGAUCUCUCCUGCGUUCACAGAUGAGGAUUUGAGUGUCCUCUCUGCGGCGAAGGGCAUACUUUUCCCCUUUGUCCUUUCACUCCCUGAUAAGAAGCCGCGGCAGACCAGUGUGUAA